GCCGUCUGCGGCAUCAGUGUGGUUGAGAGGGGGAGACUGGACAGGGGUGCUGGAUUCUGAGCCCUGCCUGGCCCGCCAUGGCACGGCGGCUCCAGCUUGUCCAAGAAGAGCUGGCCGCCUUCUUCUUCGAGUAUGACACACCUCGCAUGGUGCUGGUGCGCAACAAGAAAGUGGGCGUCAUCUUUCGCCUCAUCCAACUCCUGGUCCUGGCCUAUGUCGUGGGGUGGGUGUUCGUCUACGAGAAGGGCUACCAAACCUCAUCAAGUGGCCUCAUCAGCAGCGUGUCUGUGAAGCUCAAGGGCCUGGCCGUGACUCCAUUCCUAGAUUCCAGUGCUCAGGUCUGGGAUGUGGCUGACUACGUCUUCCCAGCACAGGGGGACAGCUCCUUUGUGGUCAUGACCAAUUUCAUCGUCACACUGAGGCAGACUCAGCGGCACUGUGCAGAGCACCCGGAAGGGGGUACCUGCAAAGAUGACAGUGGCUGCACCCCUGGGAAGGCAGAGAGGAAUGCUCAAGGCAUCCGCUCAGGCAGGUGUGUGGCCUUCAACGACAGCGUGCAGACCUGUGAGAUCUUUGGCUGGUGUCCCGUGGAGGUGGACGACCACAUCCCCCGCCCCGCCCUUCUCCAAGAGGCCGAGAACUUCACUCUGUUCAUCAAGAACAGCAUCAGCUUUCCACGCUUCAAGGUCAACAGGCGUAACCUGGUGGAGGAGGUGAACAAGAGCUACAUAAAGACCUGCCUGUACCACAAGACUGCGCACCCUCUGUGCCCUGUGUUCAAUCUCGGUUACGUGGUGCGAGAGUCGGGCCUGAAUUUCAGCAGCCUGGCAGAGGAGGGUGGAGUGGUUGGCAUCACCAUCGACUGGGACUGUGACCUGGACUGGCACGUGCGACACUGCAAACCUGUCUAUGAGUUCCAUGGACUGUAUGAGGAGAAAAGUCUGUCCUCUGGCUUCAACUUCAGGUUCGCCAGGCACUUCAUGGAGAACGGAACCAACCACCGCCACCUCUUCAAAGUGUUUGGGAUUCGCUUUGACAUCCUGGUGAAUGGCAAGGCCGGCAAGUUUGAUAUCAUCCCUACUAUGACCACCAUCGGCUCCGGCAUUGGCAUCUUCGGGGUGGCCACCGUUCUCUGUGACUUGCUUCUGCUCCACAUCCUGCCCAAGAGGCACUACUACAAGCAAAAGAAGUUCAAGUAUGCAGAGGACAUGGGGCCAGAGGCGGGGGCGGGGGACCCUGCAGCCACCGGCUCCACCUUGGUCCUGCAGGAGAACAUGAAGACGUCCUGACCCCCUCAGCACCACCGCCUCCUCCCAACAGACACGGCACCAGACCUGGGGCUGUAGCCCUGGUGGGUUGCAGCCAGGAUGCAGGACUCUGCCCAGGGUCUCCUGCCCUCUCAGCCUGGUGGGCACCUCAGGGUGGAGACCCUAGGAGAACCCCUAUGCCAUGUGGAGUUCUGGCGCCAACCCCACAUGCAUGAAGGGAGUCCUUCUCCACAUGGUCUCUGCCAUUCUUGGCAUCCAGAAGGCUGGAGGCUGGGCAGUGCCCUCUCACCUACCUGUGCCCUGGCUCUGUGCUUCCCCUGCAGGGCCUUUGUUGUCCACUCCGUCUCUGCCUCUGUGACCUCCAAUAUGGAAGCCACCAGCCAGCCAUGUGUGACUUGUUUAAAUUAAAAACAGAAUAAAAUAGGAACACGGUUG